CCCAGUGGCUCGUCUGUCUGGGCCCGCCCCCAAACGCUGCCGUGAUGGAGCGGGUUGGAUCUCCAGGUGCGGAGGCGGUGAAUGUGCCUUCUGGCGGCGCAGCCCGUGCUCGGAUCGAUGAUGACUCCCUCUAAAGCAUUCCUUGGAAAUCUGAACAAAAUGAGUGAGAACUCACUACCGUCUCCUCAUCGAAACUGAGGUCCAGCACGUGGCUGCCACCGGGGGCUGGGCGGGGAGGGUCCCUGGGCCUCGGCGCCUUUGUGUGUCAGCAGCCACUCGGGUGAGGUCUGGGGAAGGCGGCCGCCUGCCGGGCCCAGGAAGCAUGGGGAACGGCGCCCGGCGCUGGCCUCGGGGGAGAGGCCGCGCGCCCGAGCGUGCUGGAGAUCCCGGGCGGCCUCCCGCCGGCCUUGGGGGGUUUCCCAGGCCGUCCCGUGGGCCGAAAGUUGGGCCCGGCACCCGAGGCAAGUGUGCGGCCCUAGGGUCCCAGGGGGCGUCCUGGCCCAGGCCCGGCGCCCUUCUCAGGCUCCUGUGGGGAGACGGGAUCCCGGCAGGGUAGUGUUCUCUUUCUGCUCUGGGGACCCCUGAGGGCCACCUGCUGCAGGGGGUCUGUGGUAGCGGGGGCUCUUGGGAGGGCGGGAGCCUGGGAAACCCUGAGGGCGCUCCCCUGGGACGUCCAGGGAUGUUGGCCCGGAGGCUGGGGCUGGGUGGCGAGAUGGGGGCACCUGAAGUGGUGAGCGACAGGCGGGCAGAGGGAGCCUGCCGGGGACGUGGGUGGACAGGCCCACGUCUGGAUGGGCGAGGGGCUCUGGAGGAGGUGCCCUGGCCUCAAGUGGCAUGGCGUCAGCGGCUGUGGGAGGCCCGGGUAGGGAAGGACCGCGCGGGCAGGGGCGGGGCCGGUCUUGCAUGUGGCCUCUCCUCUGGGAGGCGUGGCUCCCCGUAGGGGUCUGGGGAAGGCAGCCGCCAGGUCCCUGGGCCGCGGCGGUGACCGCACCUUGGAGGGGUCCUUUGGGAGGCCACGGGUCGGAGUCCUUCCCGGUGCACGGUCUGCCUCUCACUGGAGGGUGCGAUGCCGAGCCCUUGGACGCCCUGCAGUGGGUGGUCUGCCCGGCACAGCGAGCCACCCGCGCCGCGUGGAGCGCUUCGCCCAGGUCACCGCGCGGGGGCCUGGGCAGAGCGGGGAGGUGGGCGGCCAGGCACCUCACUCAGGUGGCAGUGCCUGGGAGGCUGCUAGGGGCGGGUGUCCGGGUCCUGCCGCGGGCGGCCUCAUGGCGAGCGGAGACGGGAGGCCUGGGCUUGGGCAGCGGUGGCGGUGCCCUGGCCCCGCCAGCGACGGAGGGCUUUGAUGAGGCCCGGCGGCCGCGUGCUUGCCAGGAAGGCCCGGGGCUUGAGGCCCUGGAAGGCCUGGCCCAUUCAGGAGUCCCGGCUGUUUGGGGAAAUGUCCCACGACCUGUGGGGGUUUGAGCCGUGUCUCCCGCCCGCCUUGGGUGUCCCGGUUGGUGUGUGGUCGUGACUGGGACGGGCUUGGUGCGGGCGGGAACCGCCGGGUAGCGACCACGUCUUGGUCAGGGGGUUUCUCCGUACUGGUGGGCACGGGAACGGCUUCGGGGGUCUUACGGGCGCUGAGGGGAUUCCGCGUUACGGAGAGGUCAAGGGGAGUUGGUGGCCGUCACCCUUCGUCAGGGCAGGGUAGCAUCAGUGCUCCCGUGCUGGGGUUCCUGGAGACCCGGCUGGCAGGGACAGACUCUUCUGAGGGCAAGUGGCUGAUCUUUCGUCGGAUGGGCCCAGCCAAGGAGAGAAACCUAAGGCGCGCGCACGUGGUCGCCAGAGAAAGGGUGACAGCG